CACUCCCGCGCCGAACUCGCCGCGCUCUUCUCCCUCCCCAUCUUGACCGGUUCUGGCCGUCUUAUCCCUCUCUCUCCCGUUUCCACGCCCAGCCCGAACGCCAAAAAACCCGCAGCCCGCGCGCGCGCGACGAGGCACGCGUACGACGCACCAGCCACGCACCCGGCACCCGCACCGGCCGGCCGAUCGCCGGUGAGCGCGCGAUCGCCAUGGAGCCGGACGACGAGGUGAUGUCGCGGGCCCCGCCGCCGCAGCGCCGCGGGAUCUCGUACAGCCAGCCGCUGUCGCGGGACGCCGCGUCCGCGCGCCGCGCCGCGCUGCGCAACCACAGCCUCGACGACGACCACAUCCUCCCGGUCUCCCACUCCCUCAACUACCCGCUCCACCACGACCCCACGGCGGGGGCCCCGCACGUGGGAUACCACCCGCCGCUCCCGCCGCACCAGCACCACCCCAGCGCCUCCUACUCCUCCGGCUCCCGACGCUCGGGGGGCGGCGGCGCCAGCGAGGGCUCCAUGACGCUCGAGCGCGCCAUGUCCGAGUACGGCGGCGGCAGCGGCACCCUCCCGGAGUUCGUCGGCGCUGGGGGCGGCAAGGGCAUCUUCCGCGUCCCGCUCCGCGCCGCCAUGCACCCGGGCCGCCCGCCCCCGCUCGAGGUGCGGCCCCACCCGCUCCGCGAGACGCAGGCGGGAUCGUUCCUCCGCACGCUCGCCGCCGAGCAGCAGCGCCGACAGCUCUGGGCCGGGGCCGAGUCCGGGAUCAGGGUCUGGGCGCUCGACGAGGUGUUCGCCGAGUGGGGCGCCGGCGCGCGCCGCGGCGACGAGGAGAGCGCGCCGUUCCGCGAGGGCGUGCCCGCGCCUCCCGCGCUCUGUGUCGCCGUCGACAGGGCCAACCGCCUGCUGUGGACGGGGCACAAGGACGGGAGGAUCCGAUCGUGGCGCAUGGACCUCGACGCGGCGGCCACGGCGCCUGCGCCCGCCGCUGCUGGUGUAGGCGACGGCGGCGGGAGCGUUGGGGGCAGCAGUCAAGGCGGGGGAAACAACAAUGCGCCAGUGUUCAGGGAAGCCCUCACAUGGCAGGCCUAUGGCCGGACGCCCGUGCUCUCCAUGGUCGUCACUUCCUACGGCGAGAUAUGGUCAGGUUCCGAGGGUGGGGUCAUAAAGGCGUGGCCAUACGAUGCCAUUGCAAAGUCCCUCUCAUUGUCACCAGAAGAGAGGCACAUGGCUGCUUUGUUGGUUGAGAGAGCUUACAUUGACCUCAGAAACCAUUGCACGGUUGGCAAUGUUUGCUCCUUGCCUGCUUCAGAUGUGAAACACAUGCUGGCUGAUCAUUCCCGGGCUAAAGUUUGGACUGUGACAAGCAUGACAUUUGCUCUAUGGGACGCACGUACAAGGGAGUUGCUGAAAGUCUUUGGGAUGGAUGGCCAAGUUGAGUCAGCAAAGCUAGAGACACCAGUCAUGCCAGAACAGCCUAUGGAGGAAGAGGUCAACCCUAAAGCAAAACCUUCAAAGAAGGACAAGUCACAAGGUUCUUUGAACUUCUUCCAGAAAUCUAGGAAUGUUUUAAUAGGAGCAGCCGAUGCAGUGCGCAGGGUUGCAACAAAGGGAACAUUUGUCGAAGAUAACCGUAGAACAGGAGCAGUGGCUCAAGUAAUGGAUGGCACAAUCUGGUCAGGAUGCACGAAUGGUGCAAUUAUCCAGUGGGAUGGGAAUGGGAGCCGGGUGCAAGAAUUCCAGCAUCAUACAUCUUCGGUGCAGUGUAUAAAGGCACUAGGAGAAAGGGUGUGGGUGGGCUAUGCCAGUGGCACGAUUCAAGUCAUGGACGCUGACGGUAACAUUCUGGCAGGAUGGACAGGGCAUAGUUGUCCAGUCAUAAAGAUGGCUAUUGGUGGUUCUUACAUUUACACACUGGCGCAUCACGGUGGUAUUCGGGGAUGGCCACUGAAUUCUCCUGGACCUCUUGAUGAUAUUAUCCGUACGGAAUUGUCUAACAGAGAGCAGUCAUACACUAGAAUGGAGAAGAUAAACAUAAUGGUGGGAAGUUGGAAUGUAGCACAAGGGAAAGCAUCCGCUGAGUCACUUAGAUCAUGGUUGGGUAGUGUAUCAUCUGAUGUAGGGUUGGUUGUUGUUGGAUUACAAGAGGUUGAGAUGGGCGCAGGAUUUCUUGCCAUUUCUGCAGCAAAAGAAACUGUAGGACUUGAGGGCAGCGUGAAUGGGCAAUGGUGGAUAGACAAUAUUGGCAAAGCACUUGAUGAGGGGACAUCAUUCCACCGAGUUGGUUCUCGACAGUUGGCUGCAUUGCUUAUUGCUGCAUGGGCAAGAAAGAGCCUUAAGCCAUAUGUUGGUGAUGUUGAUGCUGCUGCAGUGCCAUGUGGUCUUGGACGUGCUAUUGGCAAUAAGGGUGGUGUAGGAUUAAGAAUAAGGGUAUAUGAUCGGAAAAUGUGUUUUGUGAGCAAUCAUUUUGCUGCACAUCUGGAAGCCGUGAGCCGACGAAAUGCUGACUUUGACCACAUUUACCGGACAAUGGCUUUCAACAAACCACAUGGAUCCACAGCUUCUGCUACAUCUGUCCAGUUGCACAGAACAGUAAAUGUCAAUGGAAAUCAGGUUGAAGAAGUAAGGCCUGACCUGGCUGAAGCUGAUAUGGUUGUAUUUCUUGGUGAUUUCAACUACAGGCUUUAUGGUAUCACAUAUGAUGAAGCAAGGGACAUGGUUUCACAAAGAAGCUUCGAUUGGCUAAGAGAGAAGGAUCAGCUUCGAGCAGAAAUGAAAGCUGGAAAGGUAUUUCAAGGAAUGCGUGAAGGCAUAAUCAAAUUUCCCCCAACAUACAAGUUCCAAAAGCAUCAGCCAGGUCUCGGAGGGUAUGAUUCGGGUGAGAAGAAGCGGAUACCUGCUUGGUGCGAUAGAGUGCUAUAUCGUGACAGCCGUUCUGUAUCAGUAGCUGAAUGCUCAUUAGAGUGCCCUGUAGUUGCUUCCAUUACAUCGUACGUGGCGUGCAUGGAUGUCACGGAGAGUGACCAUAAACCUGUGAGGUGUACAUUCAGCGUUGAUAUUGCAAGAGUUGAUGAGUUAAUAAGAAGGCAAGAAUAUGGAGAAAUAAUUGAAUCGAAUGAGAAAGUACGUUCUUUGCUCCAAGAAGCUUGUUUUGUUCCAGAAACUACAGUUAGCAUAAGUGAAAUCAAGCUGGAGAAUCAAGAGAAUAUUGUCUUCCAAAUUACCAAUAAAUGUGAAACAAGCAAAGCAGCUUUCGAAAUCCUAUGUGACGGGCAGUCAAUCAAGAAGGAGGAUGGAACUAAAUCAGAGCUUCUUCCAAGGGCAUCAUUUGGCUUCCCACUUUGGCUCGAGGUACAACCAGCGGUCGGUCUGAUUAAACCAGGUGAAACUGUGGAGAUUACACUCCAUCACGAAGACUUUUACACACAGGAAGAGUUCGUAGACGGAAUACCACAGAACUGGUGGUGCGAGGACACCAGAGAUAAGGAAGCCGUUCUCAGAAUAAACAUAACAGGCAGCAGCUCAACCGAAACCAAGACGCACACCAUCAACGUCCAACAUUGCUGCCCACCAUCAUCGGCGCCCCCGAUGAUGAACCCGCCAGCGGCUGCCGUGCCACCGAGCAACGUCCUGGCCAGCGAGGGGCACUCGAAGCGCUCCUCCAAGAAGAGCCAGUCCAAGCACCGGGACCAGCAGCAGCAGCAGGAUUACCCACAGUUUGGGAGCUCGGAGGUGCACGACCUGUGCCGCAUGCGGUGCCCGUGAGACCUGUACAAAGGAGUAAGGAUACUGAAGUUCUGUCUAGGAGGUGGAAACUGCGAGUCUUAGGUUUCUCACAUCAAGUCCGGGAGUUACCACACAAAGAGAAAAAAAUAAUAGCCUGGGAGGAGUUGCUCCGGUUCUGUACAUAUGCUUCACUUACCUCUAUCAGCUGCCAUUCUUUCAUGUAGCCCAAGAAAAGGAGUCUAGAGUCAUGAGAUAACCGUGCUAAUAACUUGUUCUUUUAUUCUUGUUCCUUAAGGAGUGUUCUCUAGAUAGUUGAAGCCAGGGAUGUUUGAACAAUGUUUGAUGUAAUAUGUUCCAUAGAAUUAGUUUAGGUUUGUUCUCUCUUUACUCAACAGUUCUGAUGAUCUUGUACUUCUUGAUUAUUGCCCUUGUUAAUAAGUGACAAAUUCUUCAUUCCC